CACUACCCGGCACAAUUGUCACAACAAUGCACCGUGCUGCUACUACAAAACCGAUUUCAUAACAACGUUUCUUUGCGGUGCAAACACGAAAGCGAUUAAUUGUUGGUGCUAAUAGUUUUACACAGUUUUGUAACAAAAUGCGAUUAACAGCGCUACUGCAAAAGGUCGGCGAUGUGUCGAACAAGUUCUCCAACUUUCCCGAUUCGUACGUAAAACGAGCGAUGGAGCAGGUAUAUUGGAAAACACCGCGCGGAAAACCUCAAUAUUUGCCCCGGACAGUCGAGCGGAGAAAGUUCCGCUUCACCACAAACCGACCGUGGACGGGACAGUUCCGGCAGCAGAAUAUGCCCGGCACCAUUCGCAAGAAGGUGUUCGUUGAACCGAUCGCUAACUGGAGCUUUUUCCGUGGUGAUCGCGUCGAGGUGCUGGUCGGCAAGGAUAAGGGUAAGCAGGGUAUCGUUAGCCAGGUGAUACAGGAGCGCAACUGGGUGAUCGUAAGCGGGCUGAACUGUCAUUUGCGGAAGGUGGCCGACGAGAAGGAGUAUCCGGGCAUAAUGAUCAAAUCGGAAAGCCCGCUGCUCGUCACCAACCAGGUGCAGCUGGUCGAUCCAUCCGAUUUGCAAGCGACCGCGAUCGAGUGGCGCUACACGGAGGACGGCGAGAAGGUGCGCGUGUCGACGCGUAGCGGUCGCAUCAUUCCGAUCCCGAAGACGAACGAGGAAACGAACGAUUACAAAUCGAAGAGUACGUAUAUCGAGCGAGAAAAGGACACACCGGCCGAUGUGGUGAAGGAAAUCUCAUUCCAGCCGGCCUUGUGCACCUUCGAGAUGGAUAUUAUGCAGCAGCAGGGCAUCGAGGAAACCCGUGUGCCACACAAAACGUACUGGUACUAACGAGAUGAAACAGUCAAAGAAUAUAUGUAUAACUUUAUUCGUAGAAAGAACACUGAGCAAGUGGUAAUCGAAA